CGGAUAACUUGCUAGGCUACUCACGUUAGCCGGUCACGACACAAGUGGUUGGGUUCAUCAUCAUCAACAUCUCCUUCCUGGAAGUUGCUAUUUCUUGAUUGAAUAUUCAAUUAGGAACGUAGCCCUUCUUUCUUUCUUCUGGGUUCUUCUUAUUAUGGUAGUAUAUAUUAAAGAGACACGCCAUUUCUUUGGUUCCAAGCUCAAUUCUUCCAUCUUCUUCUUCUACUUUAUCAGCACCACUAAAAAGAUUUUCUAUAUACCUCCUUUAGGAGGUACCUAGUUCAAUUCCUUGCAGUAGCAUUCCAAUAUUCCUAUUUGAUUAAAUUUUCUGGGAUUGCUUUGAUUCUUUCUUUAAUCAAACGUCUCAGAGUUCAGUAGAUCAAAUACUUCAAUCCAGUUCCCAUGGAAGCCCUAUUCCAAGAACAGUUUUUUCCUUCUCCAGAUGCUUUCAUUUUUAGGCACCCUUCGACCAAUAUUCCAGUGGAUCCAAGAAAAGAUGUUGUACAAAAUGGGAGUACAAUAUUCAAAGGUCCUAGCUUUGAUGAAGAUUACCCUCAUGUCCAUUCUAAUCAUGUUGUUGGAGAGGGAAAUUCUUCUCCUCAAGUGGAAGGGGAAGGGGAAGGAGAAGGGGAACAUUAUGAUGCAAUGCAUAAAUACAUAAGUCAGAUGCUUAUGGAAGAGGAUGAUUUGGAGAAUAAGCCCUGUAUGCUCCAUGAUUGUAUGGCUCUCCAAGCUGCUGAGAAAUACUUCUCUGAUGUCCUUCAUGGAUCUGAAAACAACAAAUCCACCCAACCUGCCAUCAUCAAUCAACAGAAUUCCUCUAGUCUUCUCAGCAACACUUCAUCUGAUUCUAUUGAGUGUCCUCAAUGGAAUCUUAAUUUUGAAUCCCCUGUUUCGGUGGAGAGUUUGUCUGGUGUCUUUAAUCCUGACUCUUUCUUCAACAACCAUUUAUUUGGCAAUGACCAAGUUGAAGAAGAAGUUGCUAAUGUCUUCCAAGGUAGUAGCAGCGGCGACGAUUCACCCACUGGUUCGAGGGAAAAGAAAAACCACCAUAGAGGAUUUGAUGAUGGUGCAGACCAGCAGAGGAGUAACAAACAGUUGGCUACAUUUACUCAUGAUGAAUCUGAACCACUGGAAAUGUAUGACAAGGUUUUGUUGGUUUGUCCAACUAAUCCAUAUUUGGAACAACAUAACGGUACUACUGUCACUUCCUGCUCGCCUAAUGAACCCAAAAGAGCAACCAAAGUUGGAAGGCCGAGAGGUGGUAGGAAGAACGGCAGCACUAUUAGCAAGAAGGAAAUGGUGGAUUUGAGGGGUCUACUGACUCAAUGUGCACAGGCUAUGGCAAGCUAUGAUAGCAGAACAGCUAAUGAGAAGCUGAUACAGAUAAGAGAACACUCUUCGCCCCAUGGUGAUGGGACGGAGAGGUUGGCUCAUUAUCUUGCCAAUGCCCUCGAAGCACGCUUGUCAGGCACGGGUACAGCCUUGUAUACAGCGUUCGCAUCCAGCAGGAUAUCAGCUGCUCACAUUUUGAAAGCUUACAAGGCAUAUAUCACAGCAUGCCCGUUCAAGUUGAUGUCAAACAUUUUCGCAAACAAGCGUAUUCGAAAGCUUAUAUUUUCUGGAGGAUCGAAGAUACACAUAAUUGAUUUUGGGAUUUUAUAUGGUUUCCAAUGGCCAUGUCUCAUUCAACAUCUAUCCAUGAGGCCUGGGGGACCUCCAGAGCUUCGCAUUACUGGAAUCGAACUUCCCCAGCCUGGUUUCAAACCUGCAGAGAGGGUUGAGGAUACAGGGCGUCGCCUGGAGAAGUACUGCAAACGAUUUAACGUUCCUUUCGUGUUUAAAGCUAUAGCGAAGAAGUGGGAAACCAUCACGCUUGAAGAGCUUGAGAUUCAACGGGAUGAGUUGCUGGUGGUUAACAGUUUGUUUAGACUAGGGAACAUACCUGAUGAGACAGUUGUACCAAACAGUCCUAGGGAUGCUGUUCUAAAUUUAAUCAGGAAGAUCCGUCCUGAUAUGUUCAUCCACGGAGUGGUGAAUGGGACAUUCAACACCCCAUUUUUCGUCACGCGGUUCAGGGAGGCGCUUUUUCACUUCUCUUCACUGUUCGAUAUGUUUGAGGCUACACUACCCCGGGAGGACGAGGACAGGAAGCUUUUCGAGGAAGAGGUUUGUGCAAGAGAUGCUAUGAACGUGAUCGCUUGUGAAGGAACAGAGAGAGUCGAGAGACCUGAAACGUACAAGCAGUGGCAACUUAGAUGCGUGAGAGCUGGAUUUAAACAGGUGCCACUUGACCAGGAGAUUAUGAAGAUAGUUAGAACUAAAGUGAGAUCGGAGUAUCACAAGGACUUCUCGGUUGAUGAAGAUGGCCACUGGAUGUUACAAGGAUGGAAAGGACGCGUAAUUUACGCUCUCUCUUGUUGGAAGCCUACUCGCCGCAGUCUGUAAAAUUGAUCUAGUUUAUUAGGCUAUUUCUUAAUAUGCUUUUCCUAUAUUUCACCUAAGAUCGAGCUACGGCCAACUUUAGGUCAUGGCUGCUUGAUUAAUUUUCUAGUGAGUUUUUUUGUUUGUUUGUAGCAGCAUUGUGGAAUUUAUUAAUUUGGUUUCACUA